GAAGGGUUUGGAGGGUUGAUUAUUUGCUCUAGGGACAUUUUAUGGAGAUAUGGAAUUUUACGUGUUUGUUAUGUAUUGGUGAUAUUUGGGGGUUUGGUUGUUGAUGUUCAGGUACAUACUGAAGUACUAGUUCUUGGCGGUGUUGGUUCUUCGUACCUAUCCAAUAGGGCAAACAGUGCAAACGGCGCAAAUUACUGUUGGUGUCGAUGGCGUUUCAUGUGAGGGGAGUUUGGUAUGUUUGUUCUAAGGGGCUGAGGGGUUUUCAUAGAUGAUUUGUUGGUUUUUGUUGGGGCUUAUCGUGGUGUUGUGAUAGAUCUUUCUAUUGUUGUGUAUUCUUGUCGGUGCUGUCCGCGAGUGUAUGAUUUGGGUUGACUUUUGUAUUUGUUGAAUUCAUUGAAUUAUUGGUUUACCUGCUUAUCUCGUUGUUACUUCUUAAAGUAUACUUACAGAGGUUAAGCAUCAUGUCUACUAUGCGAGCAGUAGUCGCGCAUACGGCUGGACCUCCCGAUGUCCUUAAAGUCAUACAAUAUCCCCUCCCCCAACCCACUUCUGGGCAAGUCCGGAUCAAAGUCAAGGCAUUCGGACUCAAUCGCUCCGAGAUGUACACUCGACAGGGUCACUCUGGUUCUGCGGUUCAGUUUCCCCGCAUUUUUGGUAUCGAAGCCGUGGGUAUAGUCGACGCCGCACCAGGACUAGAAGAUAAAUUUCCGCUCGGGGCCACCGUGGCCACAGCCAUGGGCGGGAUGGGCCGAGCCUUCGAUGGGGGAUAUGCGGAGUACACAUGUGUACCGGCAAAGCAGGUACAAAUACUGAAGACGAAGCUGCCUUGGGACGUGCUGGGGGCGCUGCCGGAGAUGCUGCAGACGGCCUGGGGUUCAUUGAUCAGGUCACUCACCUUGAGACCCAAAGAUAGAUUGCUGAUUCGCGGUGGAACCUCCUCGGUGGGCCUGGCCGCAGCGGCCAUUGCUAAGAAACACGGGGCAUUUGUGGCGUCAACGACCAGGAAAAAGGAAAGAGAGGCAUUAUUACGGGAUUAUGGGGUGGACGAAGUGUGGAUUGAUAAUGGGGCCAUUUCUCAACAGAUCGCCGAAACAUCGGGCCAAUAUUUCGACAAGGUGCUGGAGCUUGUGGGAACGGCGACUUUGGCUGAUUCUCUGCGUUGCGUGAAGAAGGGAGGCAUUGUUUCUAUGACAGGAAUUUUGGGAAACGAGUGGCACUUGGAGAAGAUCAACCCAAUGGAAUUGAUCCCCAGUGAAUCGAAACUGACGGCAUAUUCUGGAGGAAAUGAGGAGUUUAUGAGAACGCCUCUGAAGGAGCUAGUCAAAAUGGUUGAGGAGGGGAAGCUCCAGGUCCGGGUGGGACGCGUAUUUAAAAUGGAGGACAUUGCAGAGGCUCAUCGGUGUAUGGAAGAAAGUGAGAUUGAAGGGAAGAUUGUAGUGAUUCCAUAGCCCUAUUGCUACCUCCGGAUUUAGAUAGUGUAGCUUGUCCAUAUAUCUCAUAGCCGUUAGACGUGAUCUGGGAAUGGACGAAGCAAUUGGCCCGAAACCGACCAGAGCCAGAGGCGGUUGAAGAAGCACCAUCCAACCUGAACAGGGCUGACCAUGUCGAGGCGUCCAAUGGCGUUCAGCCCGCGACUCUAUUCGUCGCAGAUCAAUAACCACUGUGGCACAUCACGUCGUGUAUCCCGGCAUACCGACAUUUUUUGAAAUCGGGCGGGUUGUAAAAUUAUGAUAUGAAGGUAGCAUCACAGAUGCUAAGCAAUUAUACACAUUUUGCGAUAUUUUUGAGAGAUUGUUGAGGGGGUGAGGUCUGGAGCGGUCUCCGACGUGCACGGUGGUUCAGUGGGGACCAAGUACUAACCAAAAUAUAGUAAGUUGGGUGUACCGGCACCGGUGUACCUAGAUGUCGAACCCGAGACUCGGGGGUGUGAGAGGAAUUAAUUAAUCCCACCGUGACGGUCUCCAGAGAAUUGCCCGUUGCCACAUCUUGGCUUAAUUGCUGCAGAUAAAGCAAUUCUUACCAUGGUAGACCGCAUAUGUUGCAAAGAAAGAGAAAAGAUCCAUGGAUUCAAGUUGGAUGGUAUAUUGGCCAUGGCACAUGACCCUCGACCAAUGAGAGCGGGGCCACCUCACCUGCGGCAGCCGGUGAGCCAUGACGUAAUGCUUCACCUGGG